AUGACUGAUGAUAACCAGUUGCCGGAUCUCCCGGAGGGAUCCCCAGGUCAACAACCCGAGGGUGAGUCGUCUCGGGGCCGCAGGCGAACCAUACGAAGGACUGGAAUGCCGGAUGAGGAGCGCAGAGCUCGACAACAGCGUAGACGUCAAUUUCGCGCCCGAUUUAGCUCUGCGAACGAAGACAAGCCGCGAGAAGAGACGGAAGAUGGAAAAUCCGAUAUUGACAAUCCAAACACUACACAGGCAGCAAUUGAACAAGAAAGUGCGGAUGUUCCGAUAUUCACAGAGGCUGAGGGUAUUCAGGAUCGGAAGCCUUGGGAGACGUUAGUUAUUGGGAGCUUGGGAGAGAACUUGAGUUACAUCGAGGAAAAGAAUCGCGAGAUCGAACGUCAGCAAUAUAUCGUAAGAUACCACCAGGAACAUUCUCCGCACGAAGUUGCACACAAUCAGAAAAUCCUCGAUGAGUUGAUACGAGAGCGAUCGAAAAUGGAGGACGACGAAGAAAACAACAUGCCGCAAUAUGAACGAGAAGAGAAGAAGCGCAUCGGCGAACGACUAGACUCGCUGAACUGGGCCCUCGAUACUUGCCAAUGUGAAGAUGAGGAAGUCAACAUCCGAGCCGCCAUCCAAGGGUAUCAAUCUGGAGAGAUCCCAUAUUCGGACAAUUUUACACUUAUCUACGGCGGACAUAUCGUUGAUGUCUGCCCCACAUACCAAUCCUUCUGCAUAGACAGACAGGAGAGGUUAGAUAGGUAUUCCGCAAGAUACGGACCCGGAUGGCUCUGGCAAGAACCUCCAUUAUCAGGCCCGGGCUUCGAAGUGAUGGCUAAUAAGGCGGUGUGCCUUAGUACAAACGGGAGUAAAGGUAACUACUUUUUCGGGAGUUAUAAAGUGAAUAUGCGAUUUGCCGUUGAUAGGAGACAAGUCAUGAGAAAGACACCUAGAGGUUUCGUUAAGGAAAUAGUGCGGGGGCCGAAUACUGAGGUUUCGUGUUGCUUCGAGACGCUCCUCGACAGCGGAGCAACUCUCCCCAACUUAUCUCUAGAUGAUCUUCAACAUCUAAACAUCGACUUGAAGUAUUACGCUGCGCAGGGUGUCACGAGUAUCCGAACAGUAUCUGAUAUCCAAAAGCGGAGACUCUUCGAAAUGCGAGUUUCGGUGUGUUCAAAAGACGGCACAUCGCUCGUCGGGGAAGACGACCGAGCAGUUUGGCCUAGCGAACCGAGGCUUGUUGGAGGCUUAGUUCCGGUCUGGAUCAAUGAAGACGUAGAAGGCAAAUCAAGCUACAGAACCCGUCUAAGCGGCAUGAUACCGUUUGAAUCAUGCUACGUAGGGUCGGCGCCGACUACGAAGGAGAUGUGGCUAGGGGAAGAUCGCAGAGACGUGCUGGGCGCAAGGCGCAUGCCGUCGCUCUUGCGGUACGACACCGAGAAGCAACUCGGGUUGCAGUAUCCGGAACACUUCCAAAGGUUGCGGGCCGAAGCAAAGACGCCGGAUCAAGUGAUAUUCAUACACAACCUCGACCCGGCAAAAGGAAGAGGAUCGACGUUCAUCGACGCAGACUGGCCGGGUGUUCGCGGGAAGAGCGAGCUAGCAAUCCUGGAUAAAGAAUUCGACAAAGCUAGCCGGCGGGUGGUCACGAAAACACGGGAGAAGGUAGUCUUGGAGCCGCGCGCGGGAGAGCGAUGGGAAGCUGCGAAAGAGGAACCUGGAUGGCGAGACCAAUUAUUUGGCCCUAGGGAUUUUGCGAAGCCAGACUACGUCGGCAUUGGAGAGGAGCAACCAUACAGACAUAGGUUUGGACGCAGGUAG